UCACUUUAUAAGGAUCCAACAGAACCGGAGCGCCGGGCAGACAGAGGACUGAAGGCAGGAGGGACACAAAGGAACCGGAGGAGGAGGAAUGGUCGGAGAAGAUGUUCUGAUUCUGAAAUCAGAGAACAUUCUGUGACUGACCACAGCCUGAGCUGAAGAGGGGUCUCUGAGUCCUGAGAGUCUAGGAAUAUGGGGAAGGACUACUACAAGACCUUGGGAAUCCCCAAGGGAUCCAAUGAAGACGAGAUCAAAAAGGCCUACCGACGCAUGGCACUCCGCUUCCACCCUGACAAGAACACGGACCCCAACGCGGAGGAGAAGUUCAAGGAAAUCGCAGAGGCUUAUGAGGUGCUCAGCGACCCCAAGAAAAGGGUUGUCUACGAUCAGCUGGGAGAAGAAGGUUUGAAGACGGGGGGUAGCAGCUCUUCAGGCGCUCCUGGCAACUCAACAUACCACUACACUUUCCACGGAGACCCCCACGCCACCUUUGCCUCUUUCUUCGGUGGCUCCAACCCCUUUGAUAUGUUUUUUGGCGCCAACCGCAGCCACAGCCGCUCCAAUGGGUUCGCCUUCCACAACGACCACAGUAACGGCGUGGAGCAGGAUGCAGAAAUGGAUGAGGAUGACCCCUUUGCUCAUUUUGGAAGACAGUCUGGCUUUCCAGGUGGGAUGAGCAAUGGAUUCCCGGGGGAGGGUCGCAGGAGGAGGGGAGCACCAUCUGAACGUUUGGGGACCAGCCGAAAGCAGCAGGAUGCUCCAGUGGUCCACGAGCUGAAGGUUUCACUGGAAGAGAUCUUCCAUGGCUGCACCAAGCGCAUGAAGAUCACCCGCCGCAGGCUGAACCCUGAUGGGCGGAGCAUGAGGACGGAAGACAAGAUCCUCAACAUAGUCAUCAAAAAGGGCUGGAAGGAAGGAACCAAAAUUACCUUCCCAAAGGAGGGAGACGAGACCCCCGAGAACAUUCCUGCUGACAUAGUGUUUGUGCUUAAAGACAAAGGGCAUGCCCUCUUCAGGAGAGACGGUUCCAAUAUCAUUCAUAACUGCAAGAUAAGUCUAAAAGAGGCGUUGUGUGGCUGCACUCUUAGUAUUCCCACGGUGGAAAACCGCGUCAUUUCGCUGCCCUGUCACGACAUCAUCAAGCCUGGGACGGUCAAGCGUCUCAGAGGAGAAGGCCUUCCUCUCCCCAAGAACCCUUCUCAGCGCGGUGAUCUCAUCGUGGAGUUCUCUAUACGUUUCCCCGACAGAAUCCCCCCUCAGUCCAGAGAGAUUAUCAGACAACACCUUCCCCAGUCGUAG